AUGAAGCUGCGGCAGUGGGUGUCCGUAUGGGUGUGCCUGUGGAUGGCUGAACUGGGGACUGUAGAAACAGCACCAAGAAGAGAUGUCACCAAGGCCUCGACACCAGGAGCCGACACCCAGCUCUUCAUAGACAGGCCUGACUUCUUUGACUACCCAGACUCAGACCAAGAUAGUCUUUUUGCUGUGGCCCAGUUUAUUGGAGAGAAACCUGUGACCUUUGUUAAGACAGGUUCCGGCCCUGGGCUCUUCCAGCACAUCCUGGUGGGCAUGUUGGCAGUGGCUUUCUUCCUCUUCCUUUUCCAGUUCUGCACACACGUGAGCUUCCAGAAAGGAGCCUAA